CCCCCCCCGCCGCGCCUUUCAAACGCAUCUGUCGGGAAGGAGGAAAAGCCACCAGGUUUCCCUUUUGUAUCCGGCUUUUCUGCGGGGUUUUUUCCCCCGCUUUCUCUUUUUUUUUUUUCCCCCUGGUUUUUAUUUUUUCCGCUUCGCGCGGCGCUGGGAAUGGAGCGACCUCGGCUCUCUUGAUGCGCGCUGGACGGCGGUUCUGGCAGGAUUUUCCUAUGUGCGCUUCUCCAGCGGUGGGAGGACCCUUCCCCAUCCUCGCCCGUUUGCUCGAGUUAGUUUCCUGACACGCUCGGGAGCUCGGAGGCUCCCGCACUGCAUGUAACUUUUCCCCCCUCCGCCCAUCCCCGUGGGCAGCGCGGCGAGGCGGCAGAGGGGCCGUGCGGGCGCCGGGCUGCUGCUCCCGCCGGGGCCCCGGGUGAAAUAUGGAGCGGAGCCUCGGAGGCGCCCGGGGGCCGAAGCCGGCGGCUCUGCUCCUGGCGCUGGCGCUGCUCGGCCCGCAGCUCCGCGCCGCCGGUUCGCAGGUUAAGGGAUUUACGUCGCUGAGGUUCUUGACUGAGCCUGCGGAUGCUGUCACUAUGCGUGGAAGCAACGUGCUCUUGAAUUGCACGGCAGAGUCGGAUCAAGGAGCUCCAGUGAUUAAAUGGAAGAAGGACGCGGUCUUCUUAAACCUGGCAGUAGAUGAAAGGAGGCAGCAGUUGGCCAAUGGCUCACUCUUGAUACAAAAUAUAGUCCAUUCAAGGCACCACAAGCCAGACGAAGGUCUCUACCAGUGUGAAGCAUCUUUAGAAGGCAUCGGAGCUAUCAUCAGUCGGACAGCUAAGGUCAUGGUAGCAGGACCACUGAGGUUUCUUUCCCAGACAGAAUCUGUCACGGCUUUUGCAGGAGACACAAUCUUAUUGAAGUGUGAAGUCGUCGGCGAGCCCAUGCCCGUGGUACACUGGCAGAGGAACCAGGAGGACUUGUUCCUGAGCCCGGCGGACACGCGGGUUGCUGUCCUGCCCUCUGGAGCUUUACAGAUCAGCAGGAUUCAGCCGGGGGACAGCGGAAUCUAUCGAUGCCUUGCAAAAAAUCCGGCGAGUUCAAGAAUUGGAAAUGAUGCAGAAGUCCGAGUUUUGGCAGAUCCGGGUUUGCACAGGCAGCAGUUCUUCCUUCAGCGCCCGUCGAGCGUCGUGGCCACGGAGGGGAAGGAUGCCGUCCUGGAGUGCUGCGUGUCCGGAUCCCCCCAUCCCACCUUCACGUGGCUGCGCGGAGACGAAGUGCUGCCGCUCAGGUCCAGAAAGUAUUCAUUGCUGGCUGGCAGUAACUUACUCAUAUCUAAUGUGACUGAUGAUGAUUCUGGGACAUACACUUGUGUCGUCACCUACAAAAACGAGAACAGCAGUGGCUCCGCAGAGCUGUCGGUGAUGGUUCCACCAUGGUUUUUAAUUCGCCCUUCAAAUCUCUAUGCCUACGAGAGCAUGGAUAUUGAGUUUGAAUGUGCCGUAUCCGGUAAGCCUGCCCCUACGGUGGAAUGGAUCAAGAACGGCGAAGUGGUCAUUCCUAGUGACUAUUUUCAAAUAGUGGGUGGCAGCAACUUGCGGAUUCUGGGCUUGGUAAAGUCAGAUGAAGGUUUUUAUCAGUGUGUAGCCGAAAACGAUGCUGGGAAUGCACAGACCAGUGCACAGCUAAUCAUCCCGGAGCCUGCCGUCCCGAGCUCCGGUGUCCUCCCCUCUGCCCCCCGAGAUGUCGUCCCUGUCUUGGUCUCCAGCCGGUUUGUCCGUCUCAGCUGGCGCCCGCCCGCCGACGCGAGAGGGAGCGUCCAGGCCUACGCGGUCUACUUCUCCAGGGAAGGCGUCAACAGGGAGCGGGCACUCAACACGUCCCAGACUGGGACGCUUCAGCUGACGGUGGGGAACCUGAAGCCGGAGGAGACCUACACCUUCCGUGUGGUGGCCUACAACGAGUGGGGGCCCGGGGAGAGCUCGCAGCCCAUCAAGGUUGCCACGCAGCCCGAGCUGCAAGUUCCAGGGCCGGUGGAAAACCUGCGGGCUGUAUCUACCUCACCUACCUCGAUCCUCGUUUCCUGGGAUCCCCCUGCCUAUGCAAAUGGCCCGAUUCAAGGUUACCGGCUCUUCUGCACCGAGACCGCGACUGGAAAAGAGCAGAAUAUCGAGGUCGAUGGGCUCUCCUACAGGCUGGAAGGGCUGAAGAAAUUCACGGAGUACAGCGUGCGCUUCCUGGCCUACAACCGCUACGGCCCCGGCGUGUCCACCGAGGAGAUCGCCGUCACCACGCUGUCCGACGUGCCGAGCGCGACGCCCCAGAACGUCUCCCUGGAAGUGGUUAACUCGAGGAGCAUCAAAGUGAGCUGGUUGCCUCCACCACCAGGUACACAAAAUGGAUUUAUUACAGGCUAUAAAAUCCGACAUAGAAAGACUACCCGCAGGGGCGAGAUUGAAACACUGGAGCCAAACAACCUCUGGUACUUGUUCACAGGACUUGAGAAAGGAAGCCAGUACAGUUUCCAGGUCGCUGCCAUGACGGUGAACGGGACCGGACCCCCCUCGGACUGGUACACGGCAGAAACGCCGGAGAACGAUCUUGACGAAUCUCAGGUUCCUGAUCAGCCAAGCUCUCUUCAUGUCAGGCCUUUGACAACAAGUAUCGUCAUGAGUUGGACUCCACCGCUGAACCCGAACAUCGUUGUCCGUGGGUACAUCAUUGGCUACGGCGUAGGCAGUCCAUAUGCUGAGACUGUGCGGGUGGACAGUAAACAGCGUUAUUAUUCCAUUGAAAAUUUGGAGCCGAGUUCCCACUAUGUAAUUUCCUUGAAGGCCUUCAACAACGCGGGCGAGGGAGUCCCCCUGUACGAGAGUGCGACCACCCGGUCCAUGACAGACCCCAUUGACCCAUUAGAAGUUGAUUUUUAUCCUUUGCUUGAUGAUUUCCCUACCUCAGUCCCAGAUAUCUCCACCCCCAUGCUCCCACCAGUAGGUGUCCAGGCUGUUGCACUUACCCAUGACGCAGUGAGGGUCAUCUGGGCAGACAACUCUGUCCCAAAGAACCAAAAGACUACUGAGGUUCGCUUUUACACUGUCCGAUGGAGAACCAGCUAUUCUACGAGUGCUAAAUACAAGUCAGCAGAUACGACAGCUCUGAGUCACACCGUCAUAGGCCUUAAGCCAAACACCAUGUACGAGUUCUCCGUCAUGGUCACCAAAGGUCGGCGGUCAAGCACGUGGAGCAUGACCGCACACGCCACAACCUAUGAAGCAGCUCCAACCUCUGCGCCCAAGGAUUUGACAGUCAUUACACGGGAGGGGAAGCCCCGAGCUGUCAUCGUUAGCUGGCAGCCACCGUUAGAAGCCAAUGGGAAAAUUACUGCUUACAUCCUCUUCUAUACUUUGGACAAGAACGCUCCCAUUGAUGACUGGAUUAUGGAGUCCAUCAGCGGCGACCGACUUACUCACCAAAUCAUGGACCUCAACCUAGACACCGUUUACUACUUCCGAAUCCAGGCUCGCAAUGCCAAAGGAGUGGGGCCUCUCUCUGAUCCGAUUUUCUUCCGGACGCUGAAAGUCGAGCACCCUGACAAAAUGGCUAACGACCAAGGGCGCCACGGAGAUGGGUCCUACUGGCCGGUGGAUACCAACCUCAUCGACAGAAGCAGCCUGAACGAACCUCCCAUAGGGCAGAUGCACCCUCCCCACGGCAGCGUCACACCUCAGAAGAACAGCAACCUGCUUGUCAUCAUCGUCGUCACCGUCGGGGUCAUCACGGUGGUGGUCGUGGUGGUCGUCGCUGUCAUCUGCACCAGGCGUUCCUCGGCGCAGCAGAGGAAGAAACGUGCCACCCACAGCGCUGGUAAAAGGAAGGGCAGCCAGAAGGACCUGAGGCCUCCAGAUCUUUGGAUCCACCACGAAGAGAUGGAGAUGAAGAACAUCGAAAAGCCAGCGGGCUCCGACCCCGCGGGAAGAGAGUCCCCCAUGCAGGGCUGCCAGGACAUCGCGCCCGUCACUCACAGCCAGUCCGAGGCGCAGCUGGGCAGCAAGAGCACCCCGCAGCCGGGUCCUGAGACAGAAGAUGUUGGAAGUAGCAUGUCCACGUUGGAGCGCUCACUUGCUGCCCGCAGGGCCACCCGUGCCAAGCUCAUGAUUCCCAUGGAUUCGCAGCCAAACAACCCUCCUGUGGUCAGUGCCAUUCCAGUGCCAACACUAGAAAGUGCCCAGUACCCCGGGAUCCUGCCAUCUCCCACCUGCGGAUACCCACAUCCUCAGUUCACCCUUCGGCCUGUGCCAUUCCCAACGCUCUCUGUCGACAGGACCUUUGGAGCGGGAAGAACUGUAAACGAAGGCCCAGCGUCCCAGCAGCCGUCCUUGCUGCCGCCGACGCAGCCCGAGCACUCGAGCACCGAGGAUGCCCCGAGCAGAACGAUCCCCACGGCCUGCGUCCGCCCCACGCACCCCCUGCGCAGCUUCGCCAACCCCUUGCUACCUCCACCGAUGAGUGCAAUAGAACCGAAAGUCCCUUACACACCGCUUCUGUCUCAAACAGGGCCUAACCUUCCCAAGGCUCAGGUGAAAACAGCAUCGCUUGGACUGGCAGGAAAGGCAAGAUCACCGCUGCUACCGGUGUCGGUGCCCACGGCCCCGGAGGUCCCCGAGGAGGGCCACAAGCCAACGGAGGACCCCGCUAAUGUUUACGAACAGGAUGAUCUGAGCGAACAGAUGGCCAGUUUGGAGGGGCUAAUGAAGCAACUUAAUGCUAUCACAGGCUCAGCCUUCUAACAGCUAUUGAGGAACAGAUAAUUAUCCAGGAGCAUUGCAGCAUACCAGUAUUUCACGCAUACCCCACGUGUCCUCGACCCCAUGAAAUCAUCAUCUUCUCGGCACCAUUCCUUCAGUGCAAGGAAGAUUCCUGAAAAGUCCUGAAAAGAGUAAUAAAAAGCAAGAAAAUGAAAAGAAGAAGAAGAAGAAGAAUGUUACAUAACUGUAGCUCUGGCAUCUGAAGUGAUGGAAAUGUGGCCUUUGCCAACGCAAAUGACAUCAUCACAGCAGAGUUGUAGCUGAUGCCACUGGUUUGCUCAUUUUGAUCUUCUAGUCUUCGUAGAGCUCAAGUUGUCACGACUAACUCACUUGUUUUACUUAGUAGAGGUUUGUAGCUCUUUGUAUAGGUCUAGUCUUACCUCAUGCGAGUACAUUUUUAAGCAUAGACCAUGCCAUAAUGAGACAGUGUUGUAGUUCACUCUUUUUGUUUUUCUAUGUAUUAUUGCUGAGUACAAAAACUCCCAUAGCAAAUAGUCGUACCACCACACAAAAAUCUGGAAACUUUCCCAACAGCACAAAACGAAAAGACCAAUUACUCGUUUCUCUUGUAGUUUCAGCCACUCAUCUUGCACAAGUGGUGGGUAUUAGCAAGUUGCUGUAAAAUUCAGCCAUUUUAGCAAGCCUUUGUAAAUCCUCCCAUAGUUAGUGUUUUAUGUAUGGCAAACAGAGAACCAGGAACGUAAAAAAAUUCUGCAUUGGUGGCACGCUGCCAGCCAGCCACCGUAUACUUACAAAAAGCGGACAUAAUAUGCAAUCUUCUCUGACACACGGUUAUUAUGUGCUUAAGCUUGUAAUAAAGCAUUUCUGCAUAUGGGUGGCUUUCGUGCCAGCCCGCCCUGUGAUGACAUUUGAAAGCUCUGCUAGGGCCACCUUUAGCAGCGGCGAAGGGAAAAACGCAGCAGGAGUUUCCCCGACCCUUUCUCUGCCUUUCUGCCUCCGGCAAGACAGCUCAGCUCCGCGGACUCGGCCGCCGGCUGCCCCUUCGCUCGGUGGAGCCUGCUGAAACGGGAAGGCGACCCGAAAUUUGGGUGGAGGCAGUCGUGGGGAUAAAUGCAGAGUGCUUCCCACAGGCAGGAAAGGAGCCCAGAGAGACGAACCGCAGAGGCCUGGUAAAUAACCGAUGAACAGAUUAGGGGGGCUCUUUGCCCCCGUAAUAUUUCUGGUUUGCUAUUGGCGGUGGUCCAGGAGGAGAAGCAAGCGAGCAGCGGCUCACGGCAGGACGCUGCGAACCUGCGUGAAGCUUUCUAGUGCCUCCUUCUCCCUCUUGUCCUCCUCCUUUAGCUGCGUAUUACAGUGUUUAUUGACAACUAUAACUGGUUGAAUUGACUAAAUUUUGUGUGCAUACAUUUUAUUGCUAAAUUUUCAGCUGCAUUCAGAGUUAAUCCCUGUUUAUGCAGCUGAAUCACCAAAAGGGAGCUAAUUUGCAUAUUUAUCAGUUAGGAGGCUGCAAAACCCAAUAAGAGAGUUUCAGAUGAAUUAUUCCAUUCAGCUCUGCCUUUGAUUUCAAGCUUGAGUGGGUCAUAAUUUUAAAAGAGCAUGGAAAGGAUAGGAUCUUUACAACCUAAUAGCUCCUUUUAUUAGGUGGGUAAUUAUAUGUGAAUCUCCGAAUAAAAUAUUUUGAGUAAAAUGGCACUGCAACAGAAGUAAUAAUUCAGAUUAUUUUCUACGGCCCUGUGCUGGAAAGGAAAUCAGAUGUCAAGGAGGAAUUCGAAUGCUUCAUUAGGAACUCUAGUGUGUUUGUGAAAACGCUGCCUAAAAAUGCCUUGUUAUUCAGUUUACUAAGAUUUUAAUGAAAUAUAUCUUGAGAGUGAGGAAAUCUUGCUUGUGGGUGAGGCUGAACUUUCUAGCUCUGAGAGGUUUGUAGCUAAAAAACAGCACUGUAAAUAAAAUGGACACAUCUUUCGAGGUGAAAGCCCAACUUGGACGUUAGAACCUGAAAAAUCACUACCUACAUUUUUACUGGACGAAAGCAGGCUUAACGCAGCUUUUGAGUAGCUCCUCUCCCAUAUUUGCAGGGAUUGACAUUGUUUGAAAUAGGAACAUAAGGUCAAAUCCGGCUCUCGCUUAUCUUUCAGCGAAUAUCGGUUACCCUGGAGUUUCAGCAGGAUAGCUAGGAGCAGAAACUGCCCAGAAAAUGCGAAAGUGAAGCACUGCACCUCUGCACCAAUCAUGGAAUAUUAAUCCAGAACUAAGUGUUUAACAGUACAAAGUUACCUAAAGUGAGGGGGUGGUGAGCCUCAAAGGGUUUGCACAUUGGAUUUUGUUUAUUUUGGACGUGCAGCAGAGUGUUCAGAUGCUUUUUUUGAAUGUUUUGGUAUUGAUCAGCCUCUUCGUUUUGUUCACGCAUCUCUCUCCAACUGCAACGUUAAGCCCCUGAAAGCCCUGGAGCUCCUGCGAGCGCAGCCUUUCUUCUGGAGUUUAAAGCAUAUCUAUUUUUGGACUCAGCCCGUUUAAAUCAAUAAACCUUGCAGACUAAGGCCAGAGUCCAAGCUGAAACAAGUCCUUGUAUACGCUGUGCAGCACAUCGGAUAGGAAAGAGCAACUCUAGCAGCUCAAUCUCAAGUAAGGCAGACCCCUUCCCCAAGCCUUUUUCAAUAAAUUAAUAUGUAAUUUCUUCUUUAAGUUUAACAUAUGUCAGUAAAAGUAAAUUAAUGCAUAUGCCGUAUAAACAAAAAUCACUACUCUGAGUUUUGCAGUUAUUUUUUGGUUUUCCCAAACUCUAAGUGGCCAUGGCGUAGUCUAGAAAAGUGAAGGUAGCUUUCUGUCUUCUAUCUGCUCUUUUUGCCGGUCCGUUUUAGAUGUCUGAUUCCUUUAGGCCUUCACUUGACAGCUGAGAAAGGAGCUGUGCUCCUUGGCUUCCCCUAAGCUGCAUGGCACUAAUUUGGAUGUGUUUUUCCUAAAAAGCCUUGGAGAAAUUUCCAACCUUUAUUUGAGGGUAAUUUUAGUAAGAUUCUUACUGACUGAAAAGCUAAUUAGUAAGCAGGUAUUUCUUUUAAAAUCUGAACUACUUGCAAAACUCAAGUGACUGCUUUAGCACAAAGCCUCCAAAUUAUAUUUUGCUGAUGCUCUGUUUAUUUGCAGUGAGCUUGGCUGAGAGUUUCUUUGGAUUCUGAUGAAUUCCUAAACUGUGAGAAUAUUUAUAGCCCAUGACUAUCUCAACCAUAGGCUCUCCCAGAAAAUUGUAACGAGAAAUUUGUCAAUGCAUGACAGAUUUGUGAAGCUUGAUGUUGCCAUGGGAGAUCAUUAGCUAAUCGAUGCCAUAAACAGGUGAAAGAUAAAUGAGUUAGCAGCCAAAAAAAGAUCUGUUCUUUCUUUUUCUUUUUUUUUUUUCCUCCAAGAAAGACCUAAAACAGAACAGUAUCAGUGGCUCCACAGCUUGAGGGCUCCCUCACCCAGCACACUGGUCUGGUCAGCAGCUUAGAUGUUCAGUUCUGGGGGAAAAGUUCAGUUAUUUUCAUGAGCUAUUUAUCCUUUAAAAGAGGGGAAUAAUCUGACUUAGUUCAUGUGAGUGAUCUUGAUUACUCCUUGGUUUGGGGCUGGACGUUGAUCCUGCCAGCGUUUUGACCUGGGAGUUGUGGUGUCACUUCUCACGGAGUGCGUGUGCCCUCUGGGUUUACGCGAGCGGAAUCGGGGAGAAGCUUGACUCAGACCCUGCUGAGGAGGGGCAUCAUAUCUCCAUAUCAGUCCAUCUGGUUAUGCGUCCCCAUGUUUGGGAAUUUGCAACUCCUGACUGAGGUGCAGCCAGAAAUGGGAGAAGCAACCAGAAAUCGCUGUGCAGGUCACGGCGUCAUUAUGCUCCAGGGUCCCUGACAGCUUUGCAGAUACUUCCAGGGCGGUUCCUCCAUCUCCGCAACGGCCCAGGCCACCUCCAGCUGGAAUACCACCUCCAGCGUGCUCCCAUAACUUCGUGCUGUUCGGCAGAUGAAGCCUUAAAGUGCGGUCUGCUGUGCGACUCAGCAAGGGAGAUGGGAGCUGCAACGAGAUGAUGCUGCUAAGUGGCUGCUGCUUCCAUCACAACUCCUUGAGCCUGCUCUUCUUGCAGCCUUGCCUGUAGCAUUUUUACAGGAGCAUCUUUCCACCAAUUCCUUCCGCAGAACCAGCUCUUUAACAAAGGACUUAGGCAGGACUGCUGUGUGUCAGAUCUUCUUCCCCCCUGGACUUCUUUAAUGACUAGACGUUUCUUUAAGACCUUUUCCCAGACCUUCUGGACAUGCGUGUCGUGCACGCUCGCUACCGCCGGCGUUUUCUGCCGAAACACGCAGUGCAAUCCAGGAAACACCAGGCAAAAAGAGGGCAGCCCGAGGCUGCAGGGUUGUUUAUGCAGGGAAGAAAGCCGGAGAGUGCAUUUACAGUGACUCACCGGUAAAAACAGGCACCGAGGUUUGCAGGGUCGGGGCUGGCAGUGUUGCUGAGACACUAAUUAAGUCCCUAAAACAGGUUUAGGUAAGAAAAAGACUCUGUGGGCGAUGCGGGUGAGAAACAGAAGGGUAGAUAAGCUGCAAACCCUUUGGUCUCGUUUCUGAAACGGGAAACUGGAUGAACGAGGCUCUUUUUAGCAGUCAAAGCCCCAGACUUUGCAGGUGAUCAGAGAUGGGUUUUCUUGUUGGGUUUGUUUUGCCUCCGUCCCCGUUAGCUCCUGCGUGUCCUGUCCGACCUCAGACUGCAUUCGCGGAGGCUCCAUGACCUUUUUUUUCAAGCUCUCGGCAAAAAGCAUUUAAAACAUGUUCAUUCUGCUCACUGUCGACCGGAGACCCCGGCACCGUCCACACGCCACGAAGUGGCUCAGGCCCAUGUAUUUCACUGUAUGCUGUACCUGUAUGUUGAAGUGCGAGACAGCAAUGUCGGUAGAGAAGGAACAACGCUGUUUUUAUUAUUGUAAAAUAGACCUGGCAAUUCCCGCGUUUGAGAAUUGUCACCGUGUUCGGGAUGGGGCGGUUGGGGGGGGGGGGGGCGAGGGGGUACUUUUUAUAAGUAAUAUUUAAUUUAUUCUUUAGAGUGUUUUCUUUUGGAUAAUUUAUGAUACGAGGGAUACCUGGCUGCAAACCUAGAGCAGGCGGUUAAAGCUGCAGUGUGCCCACGUCCCUGCGCUUCGGGGCCGCGUCGCUCGUCCCCGCGCGGGAGGGACCCGGAGAGGGUCGGGCGAGGGGGUCUCGCUCCCUCCUCCCCGGUCCCCGCCGCGCUCCCGCGCAGCAGAAGGGCAGCCGCGAAACGCUGGCCCCGGCCUGCUGAUUAAAUGUUGAGGCGCUGGCCAAACCAGCGCUAUUUCUCCAUUUAAAGGGCUUUGCAAGGUAAUUGGAAAAUUCUUAGCAUACUAGUGAUACGUUUAUCCGAUAGGAAUGGGUUAUACUACAGCUUUAACUAGCCUUAGUUUAAAAAAACAAACAGACUUGUUGUUACGAAAGGCCUAAAGACGGCAUUUUGAGCCUAUAAACAGUUUCUUUAAAUUGUCAGACUCUAGCAUUGUUAACCAAAUUAGAAUAGUGACUGCAAUAUUUAAGUGUAAAUCUUGUUCUAUGAGAAAGGAAACUUGCUUACAGUUUAAAAAGAAAUGACUGUUUCUACACACAAUCUUGUAUACUACUACAUGAAGAAAAAGGGGGUUUUGUAAUGCACUGUAGAACAGUCUCCUAUUCAUUUUUUAUAGAAAUGUUAUUCCAAUGGUGCAUUUUUUUGUUUAAUAAAUAAAGUUUUGAUACAAAUCGC